UUUCAAUACUUAUAGAUAAUAUAGAUAACGUUGAAGAAAAUUCUAAUGAAGAAGAGGAUGAUGAUAACACAAAUGAAAAUGAAGAUAAAGUAGAUGGAAGUGAAACAGAAAAUAUGGAAUCUGAAACUGUAGAAGAUAAUAAAGAAAAUAUAGAAUAUGAUCAAGAAUGUCCAGAUAAAGAAAAUGAAGAGACUGAAAAAUCAUUACCAUCAAAAACUGACCCAACAACAGAAACUGCUUUGCCAUCUGAAAAUAAUAACAGUACUUUGUGUGAUAAUGUUACAACAGUUCCAGAAUCAAGAGGUGACUAUAAUGAAGGAAAUCAAAAUGUAUCUGAACAAGAACAACAUGGUGCAGGAUUUGCAGAUAUUGAUAAAUAUAGUAAAGCUUUAGGUCAUGAAACCAAAAACAUUACAUCAGAUAGCAAUAUGGAAAAAGAUAUUCAAUCGUCUUCAAAAAGAAAGAAAAAACCAAGUCAAAAUCCACGUACUUUGGGUCAACUAAAAGAAAAUCUUUUAGAAGUUGAAACAAUAGAAUGUUCUCAAUCACAAGAAGCUAAAGAUUCAGAAGAAUGUUAUAAGUCAGAUCUGUAUGAGCAUAUUCAAGAUCCCAAUUCUGGCUAUAAUAUUGAUGUUAUUGAUACUGCUUCAGAACAACAAAUUAAUAAAGAAAAUCUAAUUAAUAAUGAUGACAUAAACACAUCAGAAGAAAUAGAAACUAAUUUAGAAGAGAAUGAAAAUGAAACUAAAAUUGAUGCAGAAGAAAAUAUAUAUGGAAAAAAUAUUUCUUCUACUUCUGAAAAACAAAACAUUAUGAGUCAAAAAAGUGAUAAUGAUAUGGAAGUGGAUGAAUUACCUGUAGAGAAAUCAACAGACAUUAUUGCAACUAGUAGUGUAGCAAGAGGUCCAAAUUCAUCUCUUCACACACAGUACGAUUUAUGGAUUUCUUUAUCUGAAAAAAGAAAAUUAGAAGAAUUAAGAUUACAGUUAGAACAUAAAAUAGGUUCUUGGAUUGAAGUACCCGAUAGUGAAAUUCAGAAAAAUAAUUUAUCAAAAGAACUAUGGCAGCAAAAUAUAAAAGUUAUUUCACCUUUUGUGCAAGAAAUUUGUGAACAAUUAAGACUUGUUCUAGAACCAACUAAAGUUUCAAAGUUAAAGGGUGAUUAUAGAACUGGUAAAAGAUUAAAUAUGAGAAAGAUAAUACCAUAUAUUGCAAGUCAAUUUAGGAAAGAUAAAAUAUGGUUAAGACGAACUAAGCCUAGCAUAAGGGAAUAUCAGAUAAUGCUCACAGUAGAUGAUUCUUCAAGUAUGGAUGAUAAUAAAUCAAGACAACUAGCUAUGGAAUCUGUUACUUUAUUAGGAAAAUCACUCUCUUUACUUGAAGUUGGUCAGUUAUCUGUAGUAAAGUUUGGUGAAGAUGUUCAACUCCUACAUCCAUUUGGAGAACCUUUUACAGAUCAGGCAGGAAUUAAAGUAUUUCAGAGGUUUACUUUUGAACAGAAAAAAACAAGAAUAGCAGAACUUUUGAAUUAUGCAACUACUUUGAUGAUAGAUUCACGACAUGGACCUGUCUCCAGAUUAAUGUCAAAAGAAAUUGCUUAGCUUCUUAUAAUUCUUUCUGAUGGUCGGGGUAUUUUUAGUGAGGGAGAAGGAUGUGUCAGGCAAGCUGUGCGUUUUGCAAGAAACAACAAUAUAUUUUUAGUAUUUAUUAUAUUAGAUAAUCCAGCAAAUAAAAAUUCUAUUCUUGACAUUAAAGUUCCUAUUUUUAAAGCAGAAAAGAUUGAAAUACUCUCAUACAUGGAAAUGUUUCCUUUUCCAUUUUAUAUAAUUUUAAAAGAAAUCAAUUCAAUGCCAGUGGUUUUAGGUGAAGCUCUACGUCAAUGGUUUGAAAUGAUAACUUACACAGAACAUUGAGUAACUUUUUAACAGGACUUUAUUGCUAGUUUAUAUUUAUGAAUAUGUACUGAAAAUUAAAUAAUGUAAACAUUCCAUUUGAAUGUGUAAAUAAAAUAAAUUAUGUAAUUUUUAAUGUACAUAAUUCUGAAUUAAAUGUUUCUAAUACUAAUUAUUUUUUGUGAAUUU